CACCAAACCAGUCAAAAUCUGCCAAGACUAACACAACUCCGCACUUUACGGUAUGUCUUAACAACAUCACGACCUAUUGCUUCAACACGAAGGGAGACUGCAGCUUGCUCUCCAGGCCUACAAUACCAGACAGUUUCAGAGCCAUCAGGCUGCUGCUGCUGCAUUCAACGUUAACCAACGCAGGCUCUCUGAACGCGCUAGCAAUACUCCAUUUUGACUUAACGUACGCGCAAACUGCUAGAAGCUUACUGCAACUAAAGAGCAGACAAUUGUCUAAUAUAUCCUUAACCUUAAUUUGUGAGGAUUUGCGCCUCAGCUGUGUAAGGUGGCAGAUAUAGCUAAUAAACUAUUAGGUGUGCGUAGUAGGGAGCCUGUUAGUAAACUCUAGGCUAUAAGAUUUGUAACGCGUUUAGAUUAGCUUAAGAUAGCGUUUAACUAAGCAAAGGACAGACAGAGGAUACUGUAGGAAGAUCCUAAGGUAAUUAACGCGUGGUUUAUGCUAGUAGAGGGUACUAAGGCUAAGUAUAGCAUCUACAACAAUAACAUAGGUGUGAUAGGGUUAAUAAAGGUUGUCACAGGCGCUGAGAGACGCGCUCAACCUAAGCUUGUUCAGCCAGGCGAUUGGGAGUGGGUUACAGUUAUACAGAGCAUCUGCGCUGCUGGAUAUGCGACCCCGCCUUUCAUCAUCUACAAAGGACGCAUCCACAUCUCUGCCUAG